AGUCUAACGUUUCUCAAAUUUGGUGACAGUAGUUUCCUUCUGAAGUGUUUUGCAAUUACGAUUAUCACAAUUCCAUUAGGAUCUCUUGUGAAUUGUGAAAACUCAUCUACAGCAGAUCGAGAUGAUCUGGCUAAUCUGAUUGUAGGAGGAUUCAGGGCACGAAUUGAUGACUUCCGUUAUCAAGUUGGGAUGUACAUUACUGGUGACUUCCGUUGUGGAGGCUCGCUGAUCGGUCCGUUCUGGGUCUUAACAGCACGUCACUGUGUAAAGGAUGAACGAAUGGAAAACAUCAAAGUUUUCGUAGGAGCUGACGAAGCCAUCCGUGCACAGCAGUUACCGGUAAAGCAAAUAUACUUCCACCCGGAGCUCAAGAACUCAGAGAUUUUGGACGUUGCACUUCUAAAGCUCCCGAGUCCUAUAACGUACGGACCAAGUGUGCGCUGCAUCGAGAUGAUCAAAUCCGAUGCGCUGCUCGUGCCCGGAAUUCCGAGUGUAGUGUCUGGAUACGGUGAUAAUGAGAGCAAGGAUAAAACGAAAGAGUAUACUCUCAAGGCAGCCACAGUUACUCUGCUGUCUACAAAGAGCUGUCAAGCAUCGUACGAUUAUGCAGAUCCGAAAUACUUUUUUUGUGCUGGCUUUCCGCAAGGUCUAGUGGACACUUGUCAAGGGGACUCUGGUGGACCGCUCGUGCUAGAAGGCAUGCUAGCAGGAAUUACAAUUCGAGGCCAGGGAUGUGCCGUAGCUGGCAAGCCUGGAAUGUACAUGAAGGUAACCAGCGUUCGUCCAUGGAUUGAUAAAGUUCUGCAAAAUCAAACUAAUGUUGAAGAGCAACGCCUGUGUCCGGAAGCUAGGAAGAAAAUUCCAACAGCAGUGGAUGUCUUAAAUAAAACAAUUAAUUACUUAAUAGACGAAUUGAAUGAGGUUCGUCGUAUUAAUAGACUUCAGCAAUUUAGUGAACCGUGAAUCGUGAAUUAAAGAGCUUCUGAAGAGAGUAGAGAGCACUGUUGAUUUUGAAUUUGAAAUGGAUCUAGAUUUAAAAAAUUGUAUCAUUGUCAUUUACAUUUUUCCUGUUGAUAAUUUGAAUAAAGAGCUACCAACAGUGAGU